CCCAAUCCACAUCAAGAGCAUGGUAAGCUGCAAAACACAUGUCAUUUUCUAUUUGUACGCCUAUAAAAAAACCAGAAAAAACCGGAAGGCAAAAAACAGGGAUUUUGAGAUCAAGACAUACUAACAGUGGGAAUAGGGUUUCGUUCCGCAGAUUACAGCCAUUCACAAAGUGCUCACGGACCAGUCUCGUCCAGUGUUAUGAAUGAUGAAAUGUAUAUGCUUUCCUCUCAGAAUGAAUACCGCUCAUCAACGGGUGUGGGUUCAUCUGCAGGAGGCAUGGUGGGAGCAAGCUAUGGAAACCUCUGGCAAUGCCGCCAGUCCCGCCACCAACAGUGUAGCAGCAACCAUCGGUGGUGUAGGCAACAAUCACGGUGGUCAUAGCGAUUCCCAUCCCAUGAUGAGCAUUCACAGCAACGGUGCUUCCAUUCCGGCGGGACUUCCAGCACCCCCACUCUCCGCUCAUGGCACUUCACAAUCUUCGGUACGUAAUCUGUACUUUGGUGAAGAAGUGCUUGAAACCAACAACAAGGUGAAGCCAGAACUAGGGGGCGAAAAGCAAAAUAAUGAAACCAGCGAACCCUUCUAUGCAGGUCAUUCGCCUGAACAAGGUGUUAAACAGCCUGGGCUAAAAAUGAUGCCCCUUCAUUCAUCGGCGUUUCACAGUGUUACAGGAUCACCUAUGACCCCUAACGCGCGCGAAGGACCAUAUUUCCCUCCUUCAAUGGAAAUGGACAAUGCCGCCAGUAGUGAUACGAGUACCACGACCACAACUACGACCAAUUCCUCCAUAUUAUCAUCUCCUUCGACAGGCCGGCGUGGGAGCUUGCUAAUGGGCGUUCCUAGCCGAAUCAGUAGUCCACGACAUCAUCCCUAUAUACCCCAAGAAAAAGUGUAUUCCUCUGGUAUCAUGUCGACAUUACAAGGUUAUCGAGGCUCCGAUUCAUCAUCAUACAAUAAUGCAGCUCAGCAAUCACAGAAGGAUGCCAUAGCAAGCCACGAACGAAGAGAUGCUUGUUCUUUGCCGGAAACAGGAGAUUUGCUCAACAGGCAUCCGUGGUAAAAGAGCAUAUGCGAAGGAAAAGCAAGCUUUUCUUUUGUAUUCUACAAUCUCCUUCAGCAUAAUCGUCUGUUAUUCUGUAUGCAUUCUCUGUUACUCUUUCGCCAUUUCAGAAGAAAAAAAAAGGUCAAAGCACCAUUAAUGGACAAAAAUAUGUGGCACGUCUUAUUCUCUCAAACUUGUCUGCGUUAUUUUUUAUCUCUUGGUUUUUUUUUUUCUCCUACUGAUUUAAUAUGUGUAUGUUCACGAAGUAAAACAAAAAAGUUUACUAUUGCC